AUGGCACCCUAUGACGCUUUAUAUGGUCGGAGGUGUAGAACUCCUGUAUGUUGCAGUGAAGUUGGAGAAAGGUGGUUGUCGAAACUAGAGUUGGUUCAAGUAACUGUCGAUAAAAUUAAAGUGGUUCAUGAUCACUUGAAAAUUGCACAAAGUCGCCAGAAAAGUUAUGCAGAUAAGCGGAGGAGAGACUUAGAAUUCGCAGUGGGUGAUUGGGUGUUUCUUCGAGUAUCACCAUGGAAAGGGGUUAUGAGGUUCAAAAAGAAAGGCAAGUUGAGUCCACGAUAUAUUGGGCCGUAUGAGAUCAUUGAGCAGAUUGGGUCUACGGCGUAUUGCUUGGCAUUGCCACCGGAGUUGAGCCGACUCCAUGAUGUAUUUCAUGUUUCCAUGUUACGAAAGUAUAUUGCGGAUCCAUCUCAUGUGUUGACUUCUGAGCCGACAGAGCUAAAAGAGGAUCUAACUUAUGUAGAGCAGCCGGUGGAAAUUUUAGAUCGUAGAGAUCAAGUUUUGCGCAAUAAGACUAUACCAUUGAUGAAAGUCUUGUGGAGGAGUCGCGCAAUCGAGGAGGCUACUUGGGAGACUAAGGAAAGUAUGAGAGCUCAAUACCCACAUCUAUUUUCUGAAGGUAACUCUUCAUCUCUUUUGCUUAUUGAUCAGUUAAUAUGUCUUGUAAUUGAGAUGGGUUGUUCUUGGGCGUUUUUAUUUGGAAAGAAAGGCCAUAUGAUAGUUUAA